AUCACCUCGUCACUCUCACUCUUUCUUUCUUUCCUUCGUAAAUCAAUCUUCACAGACUCCUACAGUGUACAUCCAACACACUUCUCCCUCCCAAUUUCCCCUUUAAAUUCCCUCAUAAAACCCUAACCCUAAUUCUUUCUCCUCCCCAAAUUCUCCCCUCCCAGAUAAAUCAAUCGAUUUUUUCUUAGAAUUCAACAAUGGCGCCAAAACGAUCACGUCUCGCUCGAUCGUCGAGUUCCAGUAACAGCAUUGUCUUCCCCGAUCAAUUUCACGACUCCACCUCUGUGAAACAGUGGUUGUCACUUCGUCCUCCUCCAGUACCUUCGCCGGCGAUUCUAACAGUUCCGGUGACAAUGGCGGCGGAGAAUAAUCAGCCGCCGAUUGCGAGGCACACUCCACCGGUGAAUAUUUGUCCGGCGGUUGUUCCGGAAACUACGCCGGUUGAUAAUCGGCCGUCGAUCUUUUCGAUAUCUUCACCUGAACGUGAUCCAGUUGAUCGGAAGUGGGAUGAAUUAGUGCCGUUUGGUAGCUUCCUUCAGAAGUGUUUUUAUUGUAAGAAGAAGAUUGGUAAAACCAUGGAUGUUUUCAUGUACAGCAACUUGCGAGCCUUUUGCAGCAAUGAAUGUCGCACGAAAUACAUUGAAAUGGAAGAAGAUCUACAGAGACUAACUCUUACACCGAUGAUGAAGUCAACAAAGCGUAGGUCAGGGAAGAUGGCUGCUGUCUAGGUUAUGUUGUGGUUACUUAGAAUUAUUAUUACAUAUGGAAGUGGCAAAGCUUUUCAAGUUUUUCGGAUAAGCUGGCCACUUUCUAGUGCAGAAAUAUAUAAAAUGGUUAAUUUUAAUACUUAGACAAUCUAUUUUCUCAGGAACUAAUUGAGGGUUCUGUACAGCUCUGUAGUUCCUGUCUGGUUUAUUGAAAAGAUAGUGACUUUUAGUUUUAGAGGCUUCUUAAAUCAGUAAAUUUUUUUCUGAUUGAGAAGAGAAAAUAGAAGGUAUUGGAGUAGGGUAAUUGUGCCUCUCCAACAUAAAUAUAUAUGUUUGUUGCUCGAAUAAUUUAAUGGUUUUUUUUAAUACGAAAACUAUGUUGGUUCUCUGUU